AUGAAAGUUUCUGGACGGAUAGGUACAUCAAAAAAAUGGGAUCAUUGCGAACUUUGUACAGUUGAAACAGCGCCAAAAGAUAAUGAAAUUACUUGGAUUCAAUGUACUCCAUGUCGUCGUUGGUAUCAUGUGAAAUGUAUAGGAGAACUUUGUUGUAUUGACACAAUUAAAGAUUAUCAUUGUCGUCUUUGCGAGCCAGUUUAUGGAAUUUCAACAUAUCGUCCUCAAAGAAGAAGAUCAUCAAGGCCUCAUUCAUUUGUGGAUUAUGUCUCUUUAGAUCAAGGAAAUGCUGCUAUGUCAGAUAAACAUGCCUAUACAGUAAUGAUAGAAAAUAAGACAUUUAGUAAAGACACAUUUAAAAGAAUAAGAGGUUCGGAAUUGACAAUAGAAUGGGCAGAAAAUGAAGGAUUUAAUGAGCCAGUUUUAAUUCCAACAGGAUGGGAUUAUGAUGGACUAGAAAUGCAAAUUCCAAAGGAUUUGACAGUUCAAAAAGUUUUAGAAGUUUUAGGACCACAUGAAAAAAUAGAAGUGAUUGACGUACCUUUACAAAAAGAAAUAUCUGGUUGGUCACUAGGUAAAUGGGUAGAAUAUUAUGAAAAACCUCCAGAGAAGCGUGAAAGAGUAAGAAAUGUUAUAAGCUUGGAAAUUAGUUUUUCAAAACUGUCUGAAUACAUUGUUCGGCCAAAAUUUGUAAGAGAUCUUGAUUUUGCUGAUCGUAUGUGGCCUAAAGAUUUGAAAGAAAAGGGUGUGUUUCCAAAAGUACAAUUAUACUGUCUUAUGUCUGUUAAAAAUUCCUUUACAGAUUUUCAUAUUGAUUUUGGAGGGACUUCAGUAUUUUACCAUGUCAUUAAAGGCUCUAAAACAUUUCUUUUUAUUGCACCAACUCAAAUAAAUCUUAAGAAAUAUGAAAAUUGGUGUCUUAGUUCAGAUCAAAGCAAAAUAUUUCUUGGAGACCAAGUAAAAGAUUGUAUAAGAGUUGAUUUGAAUGAAGGAGAUACAUUAAAAUAA